AUGACAGUUCCAUUAAAACACUAUUCGUUAUGUUCAUGUUGUACUAAUAAUAAUCAUAAACAAUCGAAUAUUAAACGUUUACCUUCACUUCGUUAUGCAGUAGAUAAUAUGAUAACAUCACUUGUUCAAUUUCUCUAUGCAAAUAAUCGUUUUAUGCGUACACAAGAAAAAUCGCAUCAAUCAAUUGGUGAUUUACUUUCAUUUCAUACUCUACCGUAUGCAUUUAAAAAUAUGGUCGAAGCCACAACUGAUCUGGCCAAAAGUGCACGACGUAUUAAACAUAUCGAUACACGAACAUUAACACGAUCCGAGAGGGAAGAACAGCAACAGCAAAUAGUUUGA